GUUGGAGAAGGAUGCAAGUGAAUGGUGAUGCAGAAUUUCACUCAACUCAACUCAACAGUGUACAUUAAUUUUAAAUAUUUAUUUAUUUAAAUUUAGGAAUAAAAUAAGAGAGAAAAAAGUAAUUAAAUUAGAGUGAAUUCCUAUUGCCUAAUAUCCCAACCCAAACGUGGUCACUCUGCAGUAAUAACACUCUCCAACUCUCUUAUCAAAUUUUCAUGGCUUCAAUGCUAACCCUUUUAUAGAAAUUCGCCGCCGUCGCCAUUGACGAUACCUGCAUUAUCACAGACAGCAACCAGUUGAGCCUUAUGGGCGAGCAAUCUCAAGUCCAGACCCAGACCCAGACCCAGACCCAGACCCAACCACAACAACAGACCCAAACCCAAACCCAAACCCACCAUGAAUCUGCAGUGACCUCCAUCUCUGCUACCACAAUAUCUCCGGCGAGUACAGCACCGACCGAGCUCAGCAAUGCUCCGGUUCAGACUUCUUCUCCUCCUUCCAAAAUCCCCUUCCGCCCUCGCAAGAUUCGGAAGCUUUCGCCAGACGAUUCCGACUCGAAAUCUACUCAAACCGUUGCUGUGUCUGAAGGCCCCAAACCCUCGGUUACAACAGCCGUUGCCUCUGCAAAACCCACAAAGUCAAAGGUCGUACAGUCACGGGCCUUGAUGGUUCCUAGAGUCGUCGCGAGAUCGCUUUCCUGCGAUGGUGAGGUGGAAAUCGCUCUUCGUCAUCUCCGAGCCGCCGAUCCAAUCUUGGCUCCCUUGAUCGACAUGCACCAACCUCCUACAUUCGAUAACUUUCAUACGCCAUUCCUUGCUCUAACUCGGAGCAUUCUUUACCAGCAACUUGCUUUCAAGGCUGGGACCUCGAUCUACACGCGCUUCAUCUCUCUCUGCGGCGGCGAGACGGGUGUUGUCCCCGAGAACGUGCUUGCACUAACCCCUCAGCAGCUUCGGCAAAUCGGGGUUUCGGGGCGUAAAGCUAGCUACCUCCACGACCUAGCUAGGAAGUAUCAAAAUGGGAUUCUUUCCGAUACUACGAUUGUAAAUAUGGAUGACAAGUCGCUCUUUACAAUGCUUACGAUGGUGAAUGGAAUUGGGUCUUGGUCUGUUCACAUGUUUAUGAUCUUCUCUCUCCACAGACCCGAUGUGCUUCCGAUUAACGAUCUCGGCAUUCGCAAAGGGGUCCAAUUGCUUUACAAUCUUGAAGACUUACCUCGGCCCUCUCAGAUGGAGCAGUUGUGCGAGAAGUGGAAGCCUUAUCGAUCAGUCGCUGCGUGGUACAUGUGGAGGUUUGUUGAAGCUAAAGGAGCUCCUUCUAGUGCUGCUGCAGUGGCAGCAGGCGCUAGUCUGCAGCAGCAGCAACAGCAACCAGGGGAGCCACAGCAACAGCAGCCCCAGCUUAUGGAUCCUCUAAAUAUUCUCAAUAUUGGCUCUGGGCCAGGCAUGGACAACCAAUUUAGGGCGUGUGCCUGGGGACAAUGAUUAGAAUGAAAAAGGAGGAGUUUGUGCGUCCUUCAUCUCCUACGUAAAAAAGAUUCAGUUCCAGCAUUGCAAUGAUGGGUAUUCAAUUGGAAAUUUUUGGUGCUGAAAGAAAGCUCCAUCAUUAGAAAGAUUAAGUAUGAGUGUACUAAAUUUUAGCCUUCUUUUAAUGAGUAAAUAAACUUUCUUCCAUGAUGUAGUGUUGCUGUUUAAAUACAAAACGCCAACUAUAUUAGAGAACUUAAUAGAAAGUAGUAGUUUAAAAGUAAUAAUUAAAAAAAAGAAGGGCCUUUUACUGCGGAA